GUAACUCGCAGCGUGUGGGCGGGGCUCGGCAGCAUGUCGGCGGCGUUGUUACGGCGCGGCUUAGAGCUUCUGGAGGCGUCCGAGGCUCCUCGUGCCGUACCCGGCCAGGCCAAGGCGAGCGGGACUCCGGUGAAGCAGACCCGGAGGGCGAGAGCCAAGGCCAACAAGGCCGUGAAACUACGGAACUCAGCGAAGGGAAAAGUACCUAAGUCCGCAUUAGCUGAGUACCAGAAACGGCAGUGUCAAGACCACCUCAGAGCAAACCUGAAGUUUAUGACCAGCAUGAGAAGCACCGUGCCCGAGUCUGUGACCCAGCAGAUUCUGCAGCAGAACCAAGGCCGAAAAGCAUGUGAUCGGCUAGUGGCCAAGGUGAAGAACAAGAACAAGAAGAAGAAGGCUGAGGGCACUGUAUUCACUGACGAAGACUUCGAGAAGUUCCAGAGGGAAUAUUUUGGCAGCUAGACUUCCUGCGGGAAUGAAUGGUGGGGACAAAAGGCACUAAUCUCCUUUGACUGCCAUAUCUCUGCUGUCCUGUGUCCCUGCAGUGCUGUGCCGUGGGCGACCAGCAGGUGGCAGUGCAAAUCUAGCCUGGCUCAGGAAGCCAUAUGCGUCUAUCUGAGGGACACUGGAACAGAGCCACAAGGCCUCCAGCAAAUUUUCCCUCAGACUGAAGUGGACUUCUGGUUUGGGCAGAGCCCUCAGCACCCUGCCAGAAAAUAUUCUGCCCUAUCAGCUCUCACGAGGA